CAGAUGGUUUUUAAGGAUGCGAGUAUUGGUAAAUAUAUAUUUUAUUUUGUAAUUGGAGGUUUCCAAUUUUGGAGGACCCGGUAUUAUGCUUAUGUUAAUGUUACCUUUUUGGUCUAUUCCAGGGAUGUAACGGGGUGAAAAAAUGUUGGUUUUUGGAUUAGGGGUUUCGGACCAAUACGCCAAUGAAAGUCCAAUGUACAAUAAAAAAUGCCAGUAGCAAAUUGGGUACUUGUAAGGCAGGUCGAUUUCGGAGGGCGGCUAGCAUGGGGUCUGCGCCAUAAUUUUGGCGUUUACUUAGGUGUUCCGAACUCAAAAUUUUUUUAUGGACACUUUUCAUUUUUCGAUCAAGAUGUAGUCAACUUCUUCUAUCACAAAGACAAAGUUAACCCAAAAGAAUGGUGUAUUGCCUACAAUUCUCCAUUAUCAAAUUUAUUUUCAAAUUGUUUCCGCUUCAUAUUUUGCUUUAUUAUUGUGGUUACUACACACAUGUUUUUUGAUUAUAAAAAGAAUGGAAAAUUUACUGAUGAAUUUAGUGUUAAAUUACAUCGAGAUAUGCUUCUACUUGGCAUAUUUGGCUAUUUUAUUGUCUUUGCAACUUUCCUCUCUCUCUUAAUUUUGCUCAAAUUGAAUUCUUUAAAUAUUUCGAGAAUAUAUUUGAACAGAAAUGAUCCAAACAAAUUACUUUUGAGGGCUAAUCGAUUCAUUUUGCUCAGGCCGUUGACACAUUUAAACAGAAAAGACGUUCACCUUCGUUAUAAUUUUGAUGAUAAUCGUAUAGUCGAACUUUUGAGAAUUUUUCUUCACGGCUCUGCAAAAUUUGGGCAUUUGGGGAAUUAUGGAUUAGUGGAUGAUGGGUUUAGAAAUAAUUUAUUUAGAUCUUUUGUUUUGAAUGAAACUGAUAAUAUUCCGAGAAUGUUGGAUAAAUUAGAUUUGGUGGAAAGUAAUAAUAAAUUAGAAAAUAAAAAGAAUAUUGGAGGGAAAUAA